AAGCCGCAAUUUCUUUAACAAUUUUUUUUUUUCUUUGCAGGUGUUGCCCUAACGGGCCCAACCUGAAUAAGCUUGAAAAACCCUAGAAAAAACCCUUAGAACCCUGCAAUUAGUCACUGUUUUCAGGUCAAAUUUUAUUUCUAGCAGAGAUUGAAGCAUGUCGGCGAAAUGGCGAGCUUUGCAGCAUCGCCAUCGCUACACUUACAGCGCUGUCGUCUUCUCCCAAUCUUACGUAGAGUCUCUAAACUCUUCCACUUCAGGAAUCGUUCCUGAAUUGAAUCGACUUAUUUCUCUCAAUUCCAUUUACGCUCAAGUCGAUCACGCGAAGCAAGUGGCUUCUGCAUUUACCGAUUUGCUACUGAACUGUACAGAUGAGGCUUUGAUUUCCGAGGCCGCGAGGCUUUACUUGGAAAUCUUAUUCCUGGAAAACUCGCUUCCGCUGCAUCGGACUUUAAUUUCGGUUCUUGCGAAAACCCGAAACUUUCAGUCUGUGAUUCGGAACUGUUUUCGAUCGCUUUGUGAUGAGUACUGUGGAUUGCGCAGUGAAGGGAGGGGGAAAAGGUUUUGCGUCUCGCGUGUGGCGUUGUCGAUGAUGAGUUCGCCGAAGUUGGGAUAUUUGGUGGAGAUUGUGGAGGAGUGCGUGGUUUUGGUGGCUUUGGAUAUUGUGUUUGGUCUGAACGGCGUCGUUUCGGAGACGAACGGGUGGUCUCGGCCUUCGCCCAUUGUUAUGGAGCAGUGCCAGGAGGCCUUGUCUUGUAUGUAUUAUUUGCUUCAGCGUUUUCCGUCGAAGUUCAGUGAUUCAAGUGGUUGUGUUGGAGAAUCGAGUGUUCUGGAGAUGAUUGUGACUGCUAUAUUGAGCAUUUUAAAAUCCUUGGCAUUUUCCAGGGAUUGUUUUGUUGCUGCAGGUGUCGCCUUUUGUGCGGCUUUGCAAGCUUGUCUGAGUCCUGAAGAGGUUGGUUUGUUUAUCAUGGAAGGUAUAUUCUACCAAACCAAUUGUUAUUCUGCUAACUCUGGUCAAAGUAAAUUUGGGGAUGUGAUUUUGAAGGUUCCAUACAAAGGAGAUGUCUACACCGAAAUUUGUAAUUUUGCGGUAUUGAGCAGACUCUGCUUGAUAAGAGGAAUUCUUACUGCAGUUUCAAGAACAGUUUUGACUAGUCAAUUUGUUGUUUCUAGGAAUGAUUUGAAUGGGUUUGAUUCUCAAGGAAUUAGCAAUAGCUCUGUUCAGACUAUAUUGUAUGAUGGAAUUUUGCCUGAGUUAUGUAACUACUGUGAAAAUCCCACUGAUAGCCAUUUUAACUUUCAUGCAUUAACUGUGAUGCAGAUCUGUCUGCAACAGAUAAAAACCUCAAUGUCAGCUAACCUUGCCAGUGUAUCAGAAAACUAUGAUCUGAUCCCAGAGGACAUGGGGACCCGGAUACUGAGAAUUAUAUGGAAUAAUUUGGAAGAUCCUCUAAGUCAAACCGUUAAGCAAGUUCAUCUGAUUUUUGAUCUCUUCUUGGACAUUCGGUCCUCUCUCCAUUGGGCAGAGGAUAAUGAGAGAAUUAAGCCUUUCCUUUGCAGAAUUGCAACAGAUCUUCUCCGCAUGGGGCCACGUUGUAAGGGAAGAUAUGUUCCUUUAGCUUCUCUCACCAAGAGGUUGGGAGCAAAGACUCUCCUUGGUAUGAGUCCUGACCUGCUAUUUGAAACAGUACAUGCAUACAUUGAUGAUGAUGUGUGCUGUGCUGCCACUUCAUUCUUGAAGUGUUUCUUUGAGCACUUACGUGAUGAGUGUUGGAGUAGUGAUGGUAUUGAAGGAGGUUAUGCAAUUUAUAGAGGGCAUUGCUUGUCCCCCCUUUUGUGUGGACUUGCUUCUGGGGUUUCAAAGCUUCGCACAAAUUUGAACACUUAUGCUUUGCCAGUUUUACUUGAAAUUGAUGUGGAUAGCAUAUUUCCUAUGCUUGCAUUUGUUUCAGUUGGGCAGAGUGAGGAGGAGGCUAGAAUGGUUUAUCCUGAGCUAAGUUCUACAAACAUGGCUCUAGGAGUUGAACAACAAGUGGCUGUUUUGGUCUCCUUGCUCAAGGUAUCUCGUUCACUUGCUUUGAUUGAAGGCGACAUUGAUUGGUGGAAUAAUUAUUCAAUAUGUGAAGAAGAUGAUGGGAUGGAAACAGAAAGUAUUGAUCUUUAUGCUCUUGCCUGCAUAAAGGGGAUGAAGGUUAAAGUCCAGGUAGAGUGGCUAACUCUAGCAUUGACCCAUGUUGAUGAGUCACUCCGAAUAGAUGCGGCAGAGUCACUCUUCUUAAAUCCCAAGACUUCCAGUCUGCCUUCCCAUUUAGAACUCAGUUUGUUGAAAGAAGCAGUGCCUUUGAACAUGAGAUCUUGCUCAACAGCUUUCCAGAUGAAGUGGGCCAGCUUGUUUAGAAAGUUUUUUGCUCGGGUUCGAACAGCCUUGGAAAGACAAUUUAAGCAGGGGAGUUGGCAACCCAUUUCACACUGCAACAAGAAUGGAGUAUUUCCAUAUAAGGGAACUGAGGAAGCUGUUGUAAGUAGAGCUGAGGAUCUAUUUCAUUUUAUGAAGUGGUUGAGUAGCUUUUUAUUUUUCUCAUGCUAUCCUUCUGCUCCAUAUGAGAGAAAAAUAAUGGCCAUGGAGCUUAUCCUGAUAAUGCUUAAUGUCUGGACGGUUAUUCCUCCUUCACAAGGAAAGUGUGGUGCUAUUUCUCCUGAAAGCUGUGUUUAUCCUUACAAUAAAGGAUUUACGUUGCCUGAUUCAACUUUGCUGUUAGUUGGAUCGAUAAUUGAUAGUUGGGAUCGCCUGAGAGAAAAUUCUUUUCGCAUACUGCUGCAUUUUCCUACACCUCUUCCUGGCAUUUCAAGUGAAGAGAUGGUCAAGGAAGUAAUUAUAUGGGCUAAAAAAUUAAUUUGCAGCCCACGUGUUAGAGAAAGUGAUGCUGGAGCUUUGGCAUUACGUCUUAUAUUUAGAAAGUACGUGUUGGAGCUUGGGUGGAACGUCCAAGCUUCAGUCAACGUUGUCUCUUUUUAUUCAGAGUCUGAACUGAUAAAUGGCAAUCAUCAAAUUUAUGAAUAUAGAUUUCCUGUGAUAGAAUAUAUAAAAUCACUGAUUGAUUGGUUGCAUGUUGCUGUAGAGGAGGGAGAGAAGGAUCUUUCUGAAGCAUGCAGGAACAGUUUUGUUCAUGGCAUAUUGCUUACUCUUCGUUAUACCUUUGAGGAAUUGGAUUGGAAUUCUAAUGUUGUCUUGUUCAGUAUUUCUGAGAUGAGGCAUGUAUUAGAGAAGCUGUUGGAGUUGGUUGUGCGAAUAACCUCAUUGGCACUUUGGGUGGUUUCUGCAGAUGCUUGGUAUCUGCCUGAGGACAUGGAUGAUAUGGUUGAUGAUGAUACAUUUCUAGCGGAGGUUCCCACUGACAUGGAUGUACCCUCUUCUUCAUCAGAACAUGAUGCUAAAACUUCAAAGCUUGUCCAGGAUAUCAGACCACCAGAACAGAUUGUUAUGGUUGGUUGCUGGCUUGCUAUGAAAGAGGUGAGUCUUCUUUUGGGAACCAUCAUAAGAAAAAUUCCUUUACCAAGUAACAUUCCUUCAGAUAAAUCAAAGGCUGGAGACCACUUUGCUGAUGCUUCUGAUGUCCCAUCAAUGACUACAUCUGAUGUAAUGCUUGAUUUGAAACAACUCGAAACAAUUGGGAAACACUUCUUGGAAGUGCUUCUGAAAAUGAAGCACAAUGGUGCAAUUGAUAAGACAAGGGCUGGAUUUACAGCUCUUUGCAACCGUUUACUUUGUUCAAAUGAUCCAAGGCUUUGUAGGCUGACUGAAAAUUGGAUGGAGCAGCUGAUGGAGAAAACUACAGCCAAGGGACAAAUAGUGGAUGAUUUAUUGAGGAGAAGUGCAGGAAUUCCUGCUGCAUUUAUGGCCCUUUUUCUCUCUGAGCCAGAAGGUACACCAAAAAAGCUCCUCCCACACUCAUUACGGUGGUUAAUAGAUGUAGCUAGCCAGUCCCUGCUGGAUCCAACUGAAGCCAAUAGCACAACCAGUGACUUGUGGAAGAGCUUAUCAACAAAAUCAACUCAAGCAACUGCGGCUGCAUUACAGCUUGAGAUGGAUGUGAGUCAGAAGGCCUCAAAGACCAGAGAUGAGGGUGUAAUUCCUACUGUACAUGCAUUCAAUGUCCUUAGAGCUGCUUUCAAUGAUACCAACCUUGCAACAGAUACCUCAGGCUUCUCUGCUGAGGCUCUGAUUAUCUCAAUCCGGUCUUUCUCUUCUCCAUAUUGGGAGGUGAGGAACAGUGCUUGUCUUGCUUAUACUGCUUUGGUCCGACGCAUGAUUGGAUUCCUCAAUGUGCAAAAACGAGAAUCUGCUAGACGUGCGUUGACUGGGCUUGAAUUUUUUCACAGGUAUCCCUCAUUGCAUCCGUUCCUAUUCAAUGAACUGAAAGUUGCGACUGACUUGCUUACGGAUGUGUCUUCUGAACAUUCAGAAUCCAACUUGGCAAAGGUUGUUCACCCAAGUCUUUGUCCUAUGCUAAUUCUUUUAUCCAGGCUCAAACCCUCAACAAUUACAAGUGAAACUGGAGAUGCCCUGGACCCUUUUCUGUUCAUGCCAUUCAUCAGGAGGUGCUCGACCCAAAGCAAUCUACGUGUUCGAGUUCUUGCAUCAAGAGCUUUAACAGGCUUGGUAUCUAAUGAAAAACUGCCAGUGGUCCUGCUCGCUAUUGCCUCAGAGCUGCCCUGUACAAAGGAACAAAUGAAGGAUACUCGAUCUAGCUCAUUCAACACAAGCAAUGGAACCCACCUCUCUUCUUUCAAUUCCAUUCAUGGAAUGCUGCUGCAAUUAAGUUCUCUUCUUGAUACCAAUUGCAGGAAUCUAGCUGAUUUCUCUAAGAAAGACCAGAUUCUUGGUGACUUGAUUCAAGUCUUAGUGAUGUGUUCAUGGAUAGGAAGCCCCAGAUUGUGCCCAUGCCCCAUUCUCAAUGGCUCUUUCUUAAGAGUGCUCGAUCAGAUGCUCAGCAUUGCAAGAAUUUGCCAGAUGGGCAAAAACUUUGGCAUCAUUUGCAACUUCCUUUGGGAGUUAUCUUCAGAAUGCUUAGAUAUAGAAUCUUCUCACAAGCCCUCGUAUUAUGAUCCAACUGCAGUGGAGCUUUACAAACAAGCAGCUGUUUCGUAUUUCGGUUGCGUAUUUCAAGCAUCUAAAGAAGAAGGUGAAGAAGUUUUUCAGAUAUCGCAUAGAUUUUCUCCACCUACCUCAAAUUUGGUGCAGACGCCUAAGAUGGACAGCGCUUUUGCAAAACUUCCAGAAAGGCUGGUCCUCUCAAUGUCCAGCCCAUCAUAUGAAGUUCGACAUGCAACAAUGAAGUGGCUUCUUCAGUUCUUAAAAUCGACAGGUUCAGUUAGAGAAUCCAAUGAUCAAUCCAGUGAUGGUGUUAUGAUUAUCCAUAAAUGGGCCAAGACUAAUCUUCAGGCAACAUUGAUGAAGCUGUUAACUGUGGAGAACCACCAUAAAUGCACGAAUUACAUUCUGAGGAUCCUUUUCACCUGGAACUUGCUGCAGUUUCAGAAACUCAGCGACCAAAAAUGCCCGGAGACAGUUUACAUUGGUGGUAUGAAUUGUGAUUCUGUGUUCCAGUUCUGGGAUAAGUUGGUUUCUUUAUACGAGCUUGCUAGACAUACAAAGACUCGGGAAGCACUCAUUUGCUGCAUGGGAAUAUGUGUAAAGCGGUUUGCCGGUUUGUUUACAAGUUAUGUUCUUUCUGAGGUAGAGAAGAAGAAUGCCAUUGACUGCAAAACUGAUGAAUUAGAGAAAUGGACCCACUUGUAUGAAUGUAUUAGCUACUUUGUGAGCCUAAUUAAACAACUUAGUGCUGCAUCUGAGCCAGUAAACAUGCGCAAGGCAGCUGCGGAAUCCAUGGUAGUGUCAGGUCUGCUGGAACAAGCUGAACUUAUUGGUUCUUCUGUUGUCUGCAAUCACAUGCCAUCUGAAAGCCCACGCUCUUGUUUUGAACCUAAUGAAGCUAUCAACAUGUUUGCUGAUGAAAUACUUGACAUAUGGUUUGCAUGUAUAAGGCUCCUGGAGGAUGAGGAUGUUGGACUUAGGCAGAGGCUUGCCAUGGAUGUCCAGAAGUGUUUUGCUUCCAGCAGAUUUGGAAAAGGCUUUCUGGCUAGUGUGGUACCAUCCCAGGUAGAGAAGGUGAUUGAAUCAUGUUUUGAGUUUCUGUCUUUGGUCUUUGGUCACUGGAUCGGUUACUUUGAUUAUCUUAUGCGCUGGGUUUAUAGUGCGGGAACUUGUGUGGUAUCUGGAGGAGAUCUAGUCAGACUCGUUUUUGACAAGGAGAUAGACAAUCACCAUGAAGAAAAACUACUUAUAUGCCAGAUUUGUUGUUCCCAUCUGGAAAAGCUUCUGGUUUCGAAACCCUUGGCAAACCUCUACAACAAAGCUUGGCUCAAUGAAUUUUUACAGCAUUGGAGGAUGAGAUUUUGCCAACAGUUGGUGUCCUUUGCCAAUGACCAUGUCAGGAAACAGCGGGGAGUCAGUUGGGUUGGCGGCGUGGGUAACCACAAGGAUGCAUUUCUGCCGCUGUAUGCAAAUAUGCUUGGCUUCCAUGCCCUCUCAAAUUGCGUUUUCAUUAGAGGAGGAAUCACGGACGGUGGGUCUCUGCUAUCUGAUGUUGUCAAAGUAGGAGAAACUAUUGAUCCGUUUCUCAGGAACCCUUUAAUUCAGAACCUGUAUUUGUUAGUGGUUAAAUCACAUGAGAGAAUGGUGAGUGCGAGUACCGACCAUUUGAUCCCCAAAUCCAGUGGAGAUGACUCCAUAUGGGAAGGUUUUGACCCCUAUUUUCUAAUUAGGUAAUAUAUGAUUUGUAUACUAGCUGCAAAAUUAAUUUCAUAGUAUUACCAUCGGUUUUGUACCAACUUUCCUGUAUUACACUACUUGUUGUCCUA